AUGUCUAACGUGAGGCCGAGUAAAAGCGCGGAAUGGCUGCAGCUCGCGCUGGAGACCGGAGGCGCCGCUGGUCUGCUCGUGCUGGACUGCCGCUCGCACGAGCUCUACGAGUCGUCCCACGUAGAGACCGCCAUCAACAUGGCCGUGACGGGGCUGAUGCUGCGGCGGUUCCGAAAGGGCAACAUCCCCGUGCAGACCGUCAUCCCCAAGCACGAGGACAAGGAGAAGUUCGCGAGACGGUGCAAGACGGACACGGUGCUCCUGUACGACGAGAGCUCGGCGGACUGGCCGGACGGCGGCUCGUCCUCCCCGACCACCAUUCUGUUCCUGCUCCUCAAAAAGCUGCGGGACGACGGCUGCGAGGCGUACUAUCUGGAAGGUGGUUUUGAAAAGUUCCACACAAAGUACCCGGAGCACUGCGAGACCCUCCUGGACAGCUCGUGCCCGAGCUCCUCGCCCCCCAUGCCAGUUCUGGGUUUUGGAAACCUCCGGAUCAGCUCGGAUUGUUCGGACGGCGAGUCCGAUCGCGAGCCCAGCAGCACGACAGAGUCCGAGGAGAGCCCCGUCCCCAGCAAUCAGCCCGACUUCCCCGUUCAGAUCCUGCCUUACCUCUUCCUGGGCUGUGCCAAAGACUCGGCCAACCUGGACGUGCUGGGCCGGUACAACAUCACCUACAUCCUGAACGUCACGCCCAACCUCCCCAACAUGUUUGAGCAUGACGGCCACUUCAGGUACAAACAGAUCCCCAUUUCAGACCACUGGAGUCAGAACCUGUCGCAAUUCUUUCCAGAGGCCAUAUCAUUUAUUGACGAGGCUCGGUCGAAGCGCUGUGGGAUCCUGGUGCACUGCCUGGCCGGCAUCAGCCGCUCAGUCACAGUCACCGUGGCUUACUUGAUGCAGAAACUCAACCUCUCUCUAAAUGACGCCUACGACUUCGUAAAGAGGAAGAAGUCGAACAUUUCACCAAACUUCAACUUCAUGGGUCAGCUCUUGGACUUUGAGAGGACGCUGGGGCGACACACUCCCUGCGAUAACCGCUCCACCAGCGAGCAGCAGCUCUUCUUCACCACUCCGACCAAUCAUAAUGUCUUUCAGCUGGAGUCGACAUAAGGAGCAAUAAGACCGCUGGGUUUUGUUGUUUCCUGUGGUGUCUCUUAGGUUUUGUAAGCCUGUCAGAUGCUUGGCUUGCUGACGCAGGCAGAAAGUCAGUGACAGGGUUCAGCACCAGAGGGAACGUCGGUCUGUCAAAUGAACUGAACACUCUCGACUCUCAAUGCCUUAAUAUCUAACACAAAAAAGAAUUCAACUUUCCUCCACACACUGAGUUAAUCAAGCGGUAUAAUUACGGGACAGUUUCUGAAUUUUACUACCUGUUGUCUGCAUUUGUUCUGAAUAUUGCCUUUAUGGUCGAAAUCCAGUCAACAGAGUGUUUUCUGAGGACCAGUCAGGUGUUUUCUUAACUCAAGCUGAUGGUAAUAAGCUACUGUGCUGAUCCGUUGUACAGUUAUCGAUGGCUUUUUUAAAUCACAGUAGAACUUUUUUAUAUAUUUUUUUUAAUUACA